AUGAUCUUGUCCUCGUCCCUGAUGUACGCAGACAACUUCGGCCCUCCAGGUCGCUCCAAGACCUGGGAAUUUUUCAAGGUGGAUGACCUUGAGGAGGCAAUUCAAGUAUCUACCGAGGCUACUAAGGCGGAACCAGCGACUCCUUUGGUCCGAAUCAGGGCGUCUACUGUGGCCGUUGGCUUGUUAAUCAAGCGAGGAGACUUUCAAGCCGGCUAUGCUUUAGCUAUUGAAGCUAUUGGUCUCCUGCAGGUCAUCCAUAACCAAUCUUUAACCCUACAGGAUCAACAAUUUGUCGUCUCGCACAUAUCCGGCUUAGCAACACAAGCCUGCUCUCUUAGUCUUGAAGCUGGCCAGUCUACCUUCAAAGCCGUGGCUUCAUUGGAGAGUGGACGUGGUGUUAUCCUCAGCAUCCUUAUAGACGAUCGGAGUGACACAUCCAAGCUAAAAGAGGCCCAUCCCGCCUGA